AUGCAUUUGGUAGACGGCUUCGUGGACAACAUCAAGGAUGGCCUCAAGAACGGCGCCGCCGACUUCAUCGGCUCCACCGAGGCCAUCAUCGGCGUCGCCAACAAGAACCCGGAGAAGAUGCGAGCGUUGCUGAACCUCAUGCUCCGGCCCCAAUUCAAACCCACCUUCAUCAAAGACGAGCCCCCGAACGAGGAGGAGUUCCAGUCCCUCGCGCCCGCCGUGCCCGAGCAAACGCCAUCCAUCCCCUCGCGCAUGUUCGACAUCGACACGGGCAACAUGUCCGUCGACUGGCUGGGCAACGACGACGUCAGCCAAUACUGCAUCCUCUCGCACAGCUGGAAAGGCAACGAAGUCGACCUCGCCUUCGUCAACGAGGCGAGAGAGCACAACCGCAAGGGGGAUGCCGGAGCGAAGAACGACGUCGAGAUGAUUAUGAACCUCGCCAGACACAAGGUCGAGGAGAAGAAGGCGACCAUCGAGGCGCUGCUGAAGGCGUCGGGAGGCGACAAGGCCGACUACGAUGCCGGCAAGAUACUCGCCGAAUACAUCGAGGUCAAGAUGGCGAAGAAGAAUCUCAAGAAGGCGAGGAAAGCACGGGACGACGCGAACAGGAAGCGCAUGUACACCAAGCAGGAGGCCGGCGCUUUCAGGAAGCUUGCUCGCGAGAUGGAGGAUACCAUCUCCGCCGACGCGUGCCAGAGCAAGCGUGGCGCCAAUCCACCUCCUCGGCCGACGGAUGAGAGCGACAAGGAGCUGGCGGAAAAGGAAGCGAAAGCCGAGAAAGAGGUCAAGGAAGCAGAGACCAAGCUGCAGGAGGCUGCGGAGAGCGAGACGGUCAAGAACAACGCCAAGUUCUUCAACGAUGCUGCUCAGACGCCGCUCCGCGAAGCCAUCGACGGGCUCAACGAAGCCUUGUACAAGUGGAAGUCGGCCAUCAAGAUCGACCAGUCCAUCAGGAAGGCGGUAGAGAUCUUCGACGAGAAGCUGUUCCCUACGAAAGGGGGAGGCAAACGGUACCUCUGGAACGACACGUGCUGUAUUGACAAGCCGAACCAUGGCGAACUCGUCGAUUCGCUGUCUCUUAUGGGAGACUGGUACGCCAAUGCAGACUUCUGUCUGGUGCAUCUCGACACGGCCCCGUCGGACGACGAAUGGAACGAUGAAUGGGUGCGGUUCUCGCAAUCGCCGCCUGCUGAGCCUGUGCUGCCGAAUCCGCCCAAUAUCGACGAGUACAAGGGUGACAAGGGCAUUCUCGUCGCAGAGCCGAAGUGGUCCACUCGUGGCUGGACUCUGCAGGAGCUUGUGUUGAGCAAGACGACAUUCUACGUCAACUCGGCGUGGCAGCGACUGAAGCGGCCGCAGGAGAGACUCGGACACUACUACUUCCUGUGUCCUUUCGUCGAGCUGUACACGGGGUGCGAGCCGAUAGCUGAUGCCGAGCGAAAAAGGCUGCGGAAGGUUUGGAGGGAGACGGUAGAGAAAUACGAACCCGAGGUCUUCCAAUCCCUGAAGCCUUCGGAUGCGAAUGACGAAGCAGACGACACUGAGACGAGGAUCAGUGCUGGACAAUACCUGAUCGCCAUCCUCGAGGCAUUCGGACUCAACAUCCCGCACAUGAUCGACAGGGACACAGCGAUCCCUCUGAUCAACCAGGCCGUGUACAUCGUGACCACGUGCUACAGAAACCAGGAGACCGAGGAAGACAGCCGCAAGGUGCGGCUCUACCUCAAUUUGAAGAAACACAUCUCCCCCUCGUACGAGACGAGUCCCAUCUCGGAAACCGACCUGGGCCGGACGAUCAAGUUCUUGCUCCGGUGCCUCGUGGCGGAAACGAAAGCGGCCAUCUUGGAAGACAGGGCAUACAUUGCCCAGUUCGGAAAGGUGGAUCCGCUCAAGAGCUGGAUGGGCGGCACGACGCGCACCAGCUUCCCCACGCAAAGAGUCAUGUCGCUCGCGUGCAAGCGGGAGACGACGGUCGACACGGACCGGGCUUACUCGCUGAUGGGGCUCCUCGGCGUGCGGUUUCCCACGUUCAAGGCCGAGGGCCUGCCCAAGGCGCUGGCGCGCCUCUUCGACGAGACGCUGAUCCUGUCCAACGACGUGUCAGUGUUCAACUGGGCGGGCCGCGAGAUGGGCAGCCACAUCCGCGGGCGAUCGCUGUACCCGUCGCGGCUGGAUGCCUUCGACACCAGCCAGUCCGAGGGGCAGUCGAUGGCGAACCGGCAGCUGGCGAGGCUGCUGCAGGCCAGGCGCAAGGAGCUGACGGCCACGUUCCACCGCAUCUGCGACAUGCUGCACAACGCCAUCGCCUUCCUCAAGAAGUACGACCACCACACCCACCUCCCCAUCAAGUGGAUCGAAGGCAUCAUCGAGCUGGUCUACGCCGCCGACCUGGAGGACCUGGACCCGCAGGUCGACGACCUCGAAAGCAUCCUCAAGUGGAUCCAGAACAAGUGCGCCAGCGCCUGGGCCAGCAAGGGCGACCCCAAGGCCCGCGGCCACGGCCUGCUGGGCAGCCUCGCGAAGCACCAUCCCGUCGAAGGGCUGAAACUCAGCACCCUGCAGAAGAAGCGAUCCCUCUCCGGCCUGUUCGACUCCGCCAGUCGCUCCUCCAAACGCGUCAAGACCGAAACCGGCAGCCCCGCCUCGCCCUGCACGCCCAGCUCCCCUGCAGACACCCUCGUCGACCCCCCCUACGACGAAGCAACCCUCAAAGACGCCGUCAACCGCCUCAACCAAGACGUCAACGCCUACCUCCAGAAAAGCCGCGACACCCUCGGCAAGCACGACGACGCCCACCCCCGCCGCGCCCUGCUCUCCAAACUCCCCCAAGAAGUCCUCGACGAACUCACCCGCAACACCGACACAGCACCACCACCACCGCCCCCCUCAUCCAGCACCGAGCACCACCACCACCACCCCACCAGCCAACCCCCCACCACGACAGCCACAACCAUCUCCCCCAACCCCAUCACAGUCACCACCUCGGGCAUCGACGGCACCUUCGACAUCCACCGCAUCGUCACCGCCUUCCACGAAGAAGCGCAGCUGCGCGCGCAGGUCCGCGCCGCCGUCUCGCCGCGCCAGCGCGUCGCCGGCUGGUGCAGCGUCAGCACCGGCUUCGCGCGCGUCAUGGUGUCGUUCUCGUGCGAGGCGCACGUGCUGGCCAAGCAGCUGAAGAUCGCGCAGGUGGUGCGGCGGAAGGUCGUCGAGAACGACGGGUUGGCGCGGCGCGAAAGGGAGGAGGGGUGGUUGGCGGCGGGGGUGAGGAAUGGGGGGUGGGGCCGUGGUGAGGGGGGGGCGACGAGAAGGCCGAAUGCGGAACUGAGGGAUGGGGUGGUUGAUGCGGUGGAGGAGAAGGCGCAUAGGGCGCACCAUACGGAGGAUGAGAGGCGGGUGAGUCGGAUGAUUGCGUUUGUGCAGGAGGAGCCGCUGGAGGCGGUGGCGGGGGAGUGGGUGUUGGCGAGGUUUUCGGACGUCGGGUGUGCGAGUUGGUUCCUGUGUGCGCUGGAGCUGGGGUCGUCACACGGGUUUUACGGGCAGCGCGUCGCGACGGAUCGGAUCGAUUUCGCGGAUGCCAUCCCCGAGCCUGGGCUGGUCAAUGUGUGGCAGUCGUACAUGGAUCGCAAGAAGCGGAAGCUGUGCUAUAUCCUGAACGAUUUUCUGGCGAGCAGGGCCCUGUGCUCGAAGAAGGAUCUCAUCUUCAGUCACGGGAGGGAGAAGGGCGAGGGGGAGGAGGAUUUGGAGAAGGACGAUGGGGUCUGGGAGCAUGCGUGGGAUGUGGGUGUGACGGCGGUGAAGAAUGCGGGCACUUUGACGACGUAUAGUCUGCGGGAGGCGUGGCAUAACAUGAUGGCGGAGAGGUUGGAUAGCCAUUUGACGGCGGUUGUGCUGAAGUACACGCCCAAGGAUCUGCAGCCGGCGGUGGAGAACUUGAACGCGGACCAGGACUUCCUGCCGGCGGCCUUUAGGUCCGGCACCAGGGUUCACAUGUUCUAG